GACCUGGGCUCGUUGACGCAACUACCUGCUCGCUUUCUUUCUCGGUUGACAUCUCGACCCGUCUCGGCUUUAUAUCAGGAGAAGCUUGAUUGAAAGGAGUAAAACAGGGAUCAUAAACAGGCCCAAUAAACCAUCACGUCCUGCCAAUUGACAAACUCCCUUGACCGUAGACCAGAAGUCCUGGGCCAUGGAUUUCACCGAGCAGCCCGGCGGCCUUCCCCCGUCCCUGCUCGCGGCCGGUUUCGGCCCGGACGAUUUCGAUUACGGCGCCUUCCUCGAGUCCGCCCAAGACGCCGACUACCUCGCCGAGGAGAGCUCGGCCUCGAACCGCUCGAGCGGCGGCGACGGCAGCGAGCCCCAGCCGGCGAUGCCCCUCGGCGCCUUCUCGUCGUCGUUUCAGGUGGCCAUCUCUUCUUAUUCUGCUGCUACUGCUGUUGCGCAGGUGCCGCUGGGCGACAGCAGCAGCAGCGGCGACAGCAGCCGGUCGCCGCCGCCCCCCAAGCAGCGGCUGGAGAGGAGGGGCCACACCAAGUCGCGGAGGGGCUGCUUCAACUGCAAGCGCCGGCGCAUCAAGUGCCAAGAGAACAGGCCGGCGUGCGGGCACUGCGUCAAGACGGGGCUCAAGUGCGAGUACCCCGCGGCGGCGCUAGUAGUAGUACACCAGCCCCGACACCAGGCGCCCGUCUUCACGCUCCAGGACAUGCGCUUCUUCCAGCACUUUCUGCUCCGGUGCUACCCUCACCAGCCGCUCAACAACGACGCCGUCUGGACCCACGAGGUGCCUUGUUUGUCGCAGGAGCAUGAUUAUCUAAUGCACGCUGUCCUGGGCCUCGCGGCCUCGGACCUCGCGCAGGACGACCCGAGCCUCUACGAGGCCGCCAUGUCGCACCGUCUCAAGGCCAUCAAGGCGGUCAAAAAGGCCCUCGCGGACUCGCCGCGGCGGGCUCGACAGCAGCGGCAGCAGCAGCAGCAGCAAGCAAACAGCAGCAGCAGCAGCAGCGGCGGCGGCGGCGGCGGCGGUGGUGGCGGAAGCUUCACCUCGGACGAGGGCAACGCGCUGCUCGCGACUACAUGA